AUGGCGUUUGAUUCUCCCCUAAAUGGCUAUAAGAAGUUGUUGGUUGGUCACCAGUCGGAGAAGACUGGGAUCUCAACCAAACGGAUUUCCCUAAAGGCGCUAACAAGUAGUGCCAACAGUCACAUCCCAAUUUCUUCUGCAUUUGAAACCGCUUGGCCCAAGUUGAAGCGAGCCACUACUGCCGUACUGCAGAGUAAACCAGUGGAAUUUACACUCGAAGAACUCUACAGGAAUGUUGAGGAUAUAUGUGCACAGCGGAUGCUGCUGGAUCUAUACUCGACCCUGAAGGUUCUCUUGAAAGACUACGUUGCGGAGCUGCUACCACUUGGUUCCGUGGCAAACUCCUGGGAAGUCUAUUGCAAGAAGAUGCUGUUAAUCCGCAACAUAUUCCUCUUUAUGGACCGCCAACUGCUGAUAUCAAACUCUCAGUAUGUGCAAAUAUGGGACUUGGCGCUCAAUCUCUUUCGCGAGGAGGUAAUUUCCCAUGAUAAAGUGGAAGGUCGGAUCCUACGACAACUGUUCGAUGAGAUACGAAAAGAAAGAUCAGGGGAAGCUGUCAACCGAAAUUUAUUGCGUUCGAUAAUUCGCAUGUUUGUUGAUCUUAAGCUUUAUCAGUCAACUUUUUUGCCGGAAUUCAUUCGUCAAAGUCAGCAAUUUUAUGCACAGGAAUCCAGUUCGUUUUUACGGUUGAUGAGCGUUCCAGACUACUUGGUGCAUGUGGAUAAAAGAAUUAAAGAAGAGGAAGAUCGCCUAGUUUCCUAUUUGGAGCCAAACUCAACCCGAAAGUUGCUGCUAUCCACUUUGGUUUCAGAACUGCUCACACGAACUCUGGAUUAUCUGCUUGAGAAUGGCCUUGUUGGGUCUCUGAAAGCCAAAGAGACAAAACAGCUAGGUCUGUUUUAUUCCCUACUGUCUAAAGUCCCCAAUGGAGUUGACAAGUUGCGGACACACUUCAGACAGUACGUAAUCCAACUUGGUCGCGAUUUAGUUGAGAAUCCAACACAAGACCCGGAAAAAGACCGCAACAUGAUUCAAAACCUGAUCAGUUGCCGGGACUACCUAUCAGAGCUCAUUGCUGUCUGUUUUGCGAAUGAUGCCAAUUUCACUCGUGUAUUGCAGGAAGCCUAUGAGGAGUUUAUCAAUCAACGGCCAAACAAACCUGCUGAGUUUUUGGCGAAAUAUCUCGAUGCUCAUCUACGAUCGGGGAACAAGGCGCAGACGGACGAGGAGUUAGACAAACUCAUGGACAAGGCUAUGAUGCUGUUCCGCUACAUAGACGGCAAGGAUAUCUUCGAAGCUUUCUACACCAAAGAGUUGGCGAAACGUUUGCUGUUGAACAAAAGCGCAUCCGUGGAUGCGGAGAAGUCCAUGCUAUCCAAACUAAAGCAAGAAUGCGGGCCCAAUUAUACACGUAAAAUGGAAACAAUGUUUCAAGACAUCGAACUCAGUAGACAGCUGAGUAAAAACUUCCGUGCUUCCUAUUGCCUAGACCACAGUAUUGAGUUGUACGUCAACGUUAUUUCACCGUCAUCCUGGCCAGCUUAUCCGCAGACGAAGGCCAAUUAUCCACCUGAAAUGAUGGCUCUGCGUGAUGAAUUCACUCGCUUCUACCUGUCACAUCAUCAAGGCCGAAAACUUCUAUACGAACCUUCACUGGGAACCUGUGUAGUGAAAGCUGAGUUCCCACUGACUCCUCAUUUACGCAAAGAACUUCAAGUUUCCGAGUUCCAGGCCUUGGUUUUAUUGCAAUUCAAUGGUGAUCCGAAUGAAUCGGUCAGUUAUGCCACUAUCGCAGAAGCCACGGGAAUUGAAGAAACAGAACUGAAGCGGACGUUGUUGUCCCUGGCUGCUGGGAAAGGUCAGAGGAAUCUCGAUGUGGCCAACGACCACACUUUCAAGUUCAAUGCUGAAUUUCAACAUCGAUUAACGCGCAUUAAGUUCAACCAGAUCCAACUGAGGGAAACGAAACAAGAACAAGAGGCCACAGAAGAGCGCGUUUUUGCUGAUCGCGUUGCUCACGUUGAUUGUUGCAUUGUUCGAAUUAUGAAGACGAGGAAAACCAUCGAUCACAACAGUCUGUUGUCCGAGGUCUACAAGCAACUACAGUUUCCAUUAAAGGCCUCAGAUGUGAAGAAACGGAUUGAGAAUCUAAUUGAACGGGACUACAUGAAACGGGACACCACCAGUGCGGCCACAUACCAUUACGUUUCCUAAACCACAAUAGUCUCACGCUGUGACAUCGAGUUUUGUACAUGCACACGUGCCUCGUACUAUUCACUAAGAAAUGAGUAUCUCCUCAACUUGUUCACGUAGAUCUCGACGAAUGUAGUCCUCAUCUCCCAACCUGUACAUAACAUCCGUUCAAUGAGAGUUUAUUUGCUUAUUCCCGGUUCUUACGUCACCACUGUUCUGCACAUUUUCAUGAUCAAUCUUUGGUAUUACGCCACGGAUCCCUUCGAACAAUAUUCGACACUCGACUGUCCGAGGCAUUUCACAGCGAGUUCCAGUAGAAUACAAGAAGGAAUUGUUCGGAGUAUCAAUUCCUGUCAACAAAUAAGUCUCCCGAUUUGGUUUGGUGUACAUCGGAGAUCGAUCGUUCUUCCGCGUAUCACAUCUUACAUGUUUUGUGGUUACUCUGCUCACAUACGGACUGUGAUGAACAUUCAAAGCAAAAUCGAUUUCCAGUGUAGUGAUAUAGUCGCCUGUAUCUACUCGGCUGUGUCAUCGCCUCUUGCUAGCUGUGAAGUUACUAACGCACCGAGAUCGCAGAGCGAACCAGAUCUGGACCAAUAACCAUUUCAUGUUAUGCACUCCACUCAUCAAAGCAUUCAACAUAUCGUGUAGAAGAGCUCCGCAUGUGACACUCUCUCGUAUGGAUUGAUGCUGCAUUCAAGUGCCUGAUUUCGUUGUUCCCUUUCCCACUCACAACUGUUUUGGUCACCAGCUCGCGUUAGAGUACCAAUGAUACCCUAGUUUUGUCUUUUGGGCAGCAGGAGUCCCAAAGGAAUGCCAGGAAGCAUAUUUCAUCCGAAUCGACCUUCUUCACUCAUAUACGAAUUGAGUUUGGACGCCCGUUCUAUGCAGCGUGGUACUUCGCCGCUACAAUGACAAGGUGCUGUUUUUAUUAGUAACCUGCUGUAGCUGACCACUUUGUGUGUCUAAAAUAAAUGGGACCGUUCACGGAAGAAUCUGGCGUCCCAUGCCAAUGAUGAAUGAUCACUCACCUGGUGUUAUUUUUCAGGUUUCCUAUCUGCUGUUUGUACUCAUGGCCGUUUCGCUCUUCUGAUCUUUAUUUUGAAAAUUCAGUAGCGUUGCCAAUACAAAACAGCCCACACUGUCACCUGGCACGGGAAUGCUGUUUUAC